CUCCAAUGUCAAGGUCGACGCUAAAACUUUUGUCUUAAAAAGUUGCAAAACCGCCUCUUGAAAUCCUUGAAAGAAGUUCCCCAACGCCUUUUCAAGAAUUGAAGACCAUCAUUGAUCGAGAUAAUGGCGGCCAUUGGCUCUCUAAUCUUUUGCACAGACUGCGGCGAUCUUUUGCCCGUGUCAAAGGGCUCUGAGAAGAACAUUCUUACUUGCGACUGCUGCGGCGCAGAAAACAAAGACCAUACCUGGAAGACGGUUACCACGAGAACAAAACCAGCCGACUUUCCCUCUCUCCUGCGGCAAAAGCUGUCAACCGUCCAGACGGUGGAGAGGCAUAACAUCCAGACGGAGAGGAUCGACCCCAACACAGACUGCGCAAAAUGUAAACGGCGCGGCAUACGCUAUUCCGAGGUCCAGCAGCGUGGUGCAGAUGAAGGCUCAACCAUUGUGUACAAUUGCGAUUGCGGUGAAAGGUGGUCGAUCAACAACUAGGCUUUAUCGCUUAAUAAAGUCGACCUUUCAGCCAUAUAUUUAUUUAUAUGCAUUUCAGCACAUUGCUAUAAUUUGGGAGCAUAUCAUAUUAAAAGCGACAUCGUGCCAAGUUGACUUCAUAAAACCCUUUUCACAAACAAAACGCCCCGCCUCCCAAGACGCGCCAAAAGACACUACGCAGUAACCUUUGGGAUCAAGGCGUAUUCAGCCUCGUUGCUCCUCUCAUACUCUGCCAUAUCCAAAGCUACAAUCACGCUCUCCCGUACAACGGCUUCCUUGUCGUCCAGGAAUCGUUUCAG